AGUCCCUAAAUACUCGAAGCAGACCCGCCCUCAGUGAAGAGUCCUGAUCUUGCCACGUGGACAAGCUGCGUGGCUGUAUAGGGAAGAGAAAAGCGGAAUACUAUAAUUUUGCUUCGUACAACAGCUUCAGCUAGUACACGCCCCAACGCGAUUUUUUUUCGCCACUUGUUUUCAGUGGGGCUGUCGAAUCUACUGACUACGUGUAUUUGAUUGAAUGUAUCACCUUCCUAGUGUAGUUUUAUAGUCGCUUACGCUUUCGAGAUUUUUGACAACGAGCCGGAGAAUUAUCGCUCAAGAAGAUGAUGCAAUUUAUCGUGGUCCUGGCCGUUGCCGGCCUGCUGUACAACAACUACGAGAGGAUAAAGCCGUACAUUCCCGAGCGGAUCCGCGCCCCGCUGGAGAGGUUUGGUAAAGAUGUGAAUCAGACGGUGAUACACAUACACACACUGGUGCUCGUACUCACGAUGGUGUACAUGAUUCCGGGACUGGACUGGAUCGGGUUUACCUUCCAAUACUGGUUCUACUACGCAGCACUUUGGACGGCUUUCGCAGGAAGCUGCGUCACAAUGUACUUACAUUUAUCUUCACAUCAUUGCAGCUAAACUUGACAAAAAGAACUGAUGUUGAUCUUCUUCUCAGAUAGUUCAAUAUUUCCAGCAUGCAGCAUCAGCAGAGAGUCACUUUCACUUUGUCUUUGUAUCGUAGCUUUAAGUGGCGCAACGUAGCGUCAUCAUCAUCGACACCGUCCAAGAACUUGGGCCGGUGCUGGAUUAGUAGAGCAACUCUCCAAAAUUAUCACCCUCCAUCGCCCUUAUAUUUACGUCCUGGUCUCUCACAGAUCCGCAAACAACGGUCCGCCGCCCAUUCGGGAAGGCUGGGGAAAGUGCAAAGAAUACCUCGGGAAACUCUCCACGGGGGUGGAGUUCCAGUGGCUCUUUUACGUUUUGAUUUUUUUCAGCGCGGACCCGUUUUUCCUGGUGCUGCUAGUGCCGGCGAGAAGAAGUUUCACAGCACUGACAAAGUAUAGAUGAUUCGAUAAUGGCUUUUCGAUAUUAUUAUGACCAGCAAAUCUUCGUCCGUUUAUCAGUCUUAGAUGUGUCUUCCUACGGUUCUUUCUACUCGUACCUUCUCGUCGUCUGUAUUGUGCUACAACUUGGAUGAAUAUAAACUACUUUGACUUGAUGCACAACACGGAAAUACAAUAUGGAAAUUCGGAAGAAAUGAAAUAAAUCAACUCAGGCACAUCGUAAAAUUUGUCCCGCACGUGCCGCAGCUCCAUUAUCCCCAGUGAAAAGCGUACUCGCACCAUGGUCAAAUGAGUGGCAGUUUUGCUACAGAAGGUGCCAUGAAGUCACUUUCGCUUUUGCGCAUUCAAAGUCCGGGUCUAUAGUCGUACAGCUACUGUUUGUUUUUGUGGAUAGCUACUACUAGCGCAGGCGCGUCAUAAAUCCUUGCCUUCCGCUUGUCCUAGUGUAUGUGGCGGGUAUGACAAAUAUCUAGAUACAACUAGCAUUGGACCAUGCUCCUGGCAGAUUGAUUGGGCCGCGCAUGAUGACACGCAUUAUUCGGGGCCUGCACAUUUGUAUGAGAAAUAGAAGGGGGUGGGUACUACGCUUUAUUCACACAGGAUAUCCAGGCCUACAAGACUACGAUCGACGAACUUGUGGCGAAGGAGCCGGAAGUGCUUCUUGCGGCGACUAUUGCGUAUCCCGCAGAAAAAGACAGGCAGGUCAGAUUUGUAAUGCAUAGAAUGAAUAACUCACAAAAAGUAAAAGAUCCCUCAAGGGGCUCGCCCAUAGCAUGCUGUUUAGGACACGCAAUACAGAUUUUAUUUGUGGUCUGUUUAUUUUUGCAUUACGAAUAUGACCUGCCUGCUUUUUUCUGCGGGAUAUUGCGGAAGUAUUGCUGGGGUGGUACCUGAUACUCGGGAUUUUUUUGUUCGAAAACAAGCAGUAUUCAACAUUGCAAAGAUGUCUGGGUCUGGAAAGUUGCUGCGGUAUUUGUCAUGCUUGUCUGAAAUGAGAAUGACUCGGAGCUCUGUGAUGCACAAAAACCAAAGAAAGGGGGCCCUCUUACCUGUCAGGUGAAAACGCAGCUUGUCAUGCGGAGUCAGUUACUUAUUAUAUUCCGCAGCACAUAGCGGGGGCUCAAAAACAAAAACUUGGCAUGCUGGAUGCGUAUUUCAGUGCUGCCGUCACUCACAGACAUGCAUAUAUACAGCUUUGCAGGAGACCGAGACGCGUUUGCAUUCGAUAAGCAGUUCCUCGUCGUCCUGCUGUACUGGCAGUUUCUCCUAUCCAGUGCAAAAGCAUCGCACUCGUAGUAAUCGCGAUUAUGCAUUGCAAAUCUUCAUCCCAAGGUAAAAUAGCAUGACAAAUUCCAUUUGUAGCUGUAGGAAUUUGUCAUGCUGAGGUAAUUUGUAAUGCAAUUACUACUAGUGCGAUGCAUUUUCAAUUCAUACCUCCGCAUGCGCUACCAUGUAUCCUAGAAAAACGCACACCACCCAUAGGAGAAAAAAAGGGAACUUGUAUUGCUGCUUUUCCGAGGCCACAGAAAACUUUCUGAUAUGCAACAGCGGCAACUUGCUGUCAUGCGGAAUCGAGAACGUAAUGUAGAAGGCGGCGUAAUAAAUUAGGCCUGAAAACUUGUCAUGCUGAUGAACAGCCAACAGGGGAUUUGUUUGUGACGCAAUAGGGCAGCCUGGCACACUAUAUUUGAUUGUUAUGGUAUGUGUGUACAAUUUUUCUACGGCAUACCACGCACCGAGAUCGAAGGCCGUGCACGAGAAGGCGUGGGGCGUCAUUGGGGAAAAAGUGGACCCGGUGGUGUCAAAAGUCCCACCAGUGGAGAAAGCCGUGGACAUGGUGAAAACGUACUUUAAGAAGCCCAUGUGAUCAUGAUGACAAAAUAACUCCACCUGUGCGUUCGUUCCGACAACAAGUCCCGCUUAGCCACGACUCGCUCUUCCUAAUUGUUUUCUCCCUUGCAGCUGUGGCAGAAGUGAAAGUGUAGCGAAAGCGAAAGCCACGCUCUGCGAUUUUCUUUUGCCGCAUACUUUGUUGAUGGAGAACCUGAAACUGCGAGCAGCACCCCUGCCCCCGGCUGUUGACGCAAGAAGUGCGAAUUUAGUACGACUUCCCAAAUCUGACGACACGAACGAAAUUCCAAGUCAAACCAAUGUUGAGCGGAUGCGAUUUCUAUGCCGCGAGCAAUUUUUUCGACGUGAAAUAGUAAACAACUGUAGGGCG